CCUGGAGGUGGAGCUCCACGGCGGAGACAUCAAGCUUGAGAAAGGCACCGUCGUAAAAUGGAAGGCGGAGUUCAGGGAGAGUCUCGAUAGCUGUGUCGUCGUAGCGUUCCGUUCGGUGACGGUCAACAACGCUUCGGCAAUCGACGGUGACGACGCGGAGACCGAUUCAGAGUUCGUCUCCGUUUAAAGACGCGCCUGGUGUGGACGAUCCGCGCGUUGAUGGAGGUCUCCACGCGCCAUUACCAGAUGAGAGAUCUGGUGAAGGAACGCGAGGAGAAGGAGAAGCUGAUGCUGCGCGACGGAGACGGGGAAGCUACGGUGGCGAUGGACACGGCAGGGAUGAAUGAGUGCAGUGAGACGGAGGCGCAUGUGGACGAGAAAGGAUCGCAUGGAUGCACGGUGGUUGCUAACGGGAGGACGAGUAUGAGACACGCGCCGUCGCUGAAGCUGAAGAGCGGGAUCUGUUUGGAAGCCGCGACGCUUGUGGUCGCGAGGCCGAGUUGUACGGCUUCUGAUGAUGGAGGGGAUGCUGAGCUGGCGACGGAGGCUGACGCGACCGCGUCUGGCGAAUAUGAUAAAAUAAUUCGAGAAAAAGUAACGAUAAAAUAA